AGCUCGCUAGUCCUCGCAGUGCCGUCAGAGACUGGUAAGAGAGAGACAACCAUGUGGCGGCUACAGCGGCAUCCUCUGCAGGUGUGCGUCUGGCGGUGGGCGGCGACGACGGCGGCGUGUCUGCUGGUGGCGCUGCCGGCGGAGGAGGCGGAGGCGAGGGCCACCAAGCGCAGCGUCACCGACACCUCCGUCAUGGGCUACCUCACAGAGCGGACGUGCUGGUGGAACGAGGUCUGCAAGGAGGAGUUCCAGACGCUGUUCCGCUGCAAGUGCCCCGUGUGGUCGUUCUGCCGCAGCCCGGGCCGCUACUACAACGCCUUCUGCACGAUGACGGGCACCGGCUACAUCUGGACGCAGCCCGAGCCGUCGUGGGGCCGCCGCCAGAGCGCGCCCGGCGCAGACUUCGAGGCCGCCGAAGGCGGCGACCCGCAGCAGCGCGCCAGGCCGAGCAGGAACAAGUCCGGCAAGGGCAGCCGCUCGUCGAGCAGGCCGACGCAGGGCAGCGCCUAGCGGCCGCCGGCCACCCCGCGGCCCAGGGCCGGCGCGGGG